AUGCCGCUGCCAGACAAUCCCCUUAACGAGUCGUUGUUAUGCAAAUCUGUGCCUGUUCGACGGCGGGCGAUCACGCAACAUGCAGUGAUAGAUGUUGCAAAUGUUUGGGCAGCAUCUACGGAGGGUUCCAGAAAGCCACCAUCGCCCAACAAAUCUGUAGAUGCCGAAGUAAAGGGGGUUUAUUCCGGACUAGGUAUAGCAAGUAGCAGAGGAGAGCAAGUGGCCGGCCAUCGGCCUGGAGACAUCGGCUAUGCUCUAUUCGGGCCGGUGCAGACGCAGACGACGAGGCGGAUGGUGUUGGCGGCCCUGGUAUAUACCUUAAAGGUGAAGUCAAACCCCGUGUCCUUGGGUGUGAGGAAGGUCCUGUCCGUCGUCACGCUAUCGUUCACCACCUCGUCGAAGGAUCCAGUCGAACGUGAAGAAGGGGGCUGCGGCUGCACAGGUUGCAACGAUCCGAACUCUGAGAACGGAUCAUCGCUGCGAGAGCGGGUGGCCUAUAGCCAAGAUCCCCAAAAAUUGGAGAACUCGUCUGUUGUCAAAGUCGACAGCUUCACAAGCAGGAGAGGCGAGCCAGAAGCCAACGCCUGGGAUGAAGAUUAUAUCCGCAGAUGCUGCGUCGGCGUCGAUUGUCUGGAAGCAGCGGCAGGGGGGGUCGAGGACGGGACCGACGGCUACGAAGGCGGAGCACGCGGCGGCGCCAAUACCGGCGGUAGCGCGCCAUCCAGUCGCGAGCUCGUCAAUGGUGGCGAUAAGAGAGGCACUACCACCCACGACCACGCCGAUGUGGGAGCGUCCGGCAAGCUUGCGGUCUCACCCCCAAGUGUCACGCUGAGGCGGGCGCGGGCGCACGGCGCCGGUGGUAACAACGGCGGAGGGGGCUUCGAUGAUGGGGCUUCUUGCAUUGCCUGCUGCGUGAUAGAUGGAGUGUGGGAGCAUGCCGGAUCGUUGAGUGCACGUCGCACAGCGGAGACGGGAGUGGGAGUCUGCGAGGAACUCGAGGUCGUCGGAUGA